CUGUACCGAGCUAGCUGAACACUCACAGUUCCUGCUUAUAACAAGUAUGGCCACAGCCAAAGAGGAAGUAGUUGAUAUCACACUAGAGGAUAGACAGCUAAAGAAAUCAGUAGAUGUUAAGGUGAUCGGGGACAAGCUGUACCAAAGUAUAUCGCUCUCAAAGCCUGAUCGAUACCGAUCAGUGUAUGGUGGAUUAGUGAUGAGCCAGGCAUUAAUGGCUGCAACCAAGUCAGUCAGUACUCUCCACGAAGACUUCCUCUUGCACUCGGUUCACUGUUACUUUGUAGGCCCAACUCAAACAGAUCCGCCAGUGAAUUACAAAGUAGGCCAUGCCAAGGAUGGAAAAAAUUUCUGCUCUCUCUCUGUUAAAGCAAUGCAAGGGGAUAAAAUCAACUUUCACUGUAUGGCCUCUUUUUACAAGCCCAUAUCAAGCGUCAUUGAGUAUCAGGGGCAUGAAAUGCCAUCAGUACCCAAACCUGGAGAACCUACACAUGGAACACAGUACACACAUUUUGACCUGUCACUGAUGUACCCAAUUCGAUAUACUCAUGUUUUGAUGGACAUCAUAAUUUGCGCUCGAGAAGAUAUCGCCAAGGAAGCUAUUGCUGGGAAUAAACAUCCUCCACGGGUAGCAGCAUGGAUACGAGGGAAAGGCACUUUCAACUCGAGUGACCCACAGAACUACCACAGAAUAGCAAUUGUGUAUGCAUCUGACAUGCUCUUGGCCAGACUGGUGUUGAACAUGUACCCUGGUCUACCGAUAGACCUCGUCACAUCACUGGACCACAGUGUAUGGUUCCACUGUCCUGUGGCAGCCCAGCACUGGUACCUCUAUGUUGCUGAAGUGGAGCGAGCUAUGGAUGGAAGAUCAUUGACCACCUGCCGGGUGUACGCUGAAGAUGGAAGUAUGGUCGCUACAUGUAAACAGGAAUCUCUCAUUAGACCAAAAUUAUGAACUUCAUUAAUAAUUAUUAUUUAUUAUCUUUUUUAAUACUAGUUAAGGAUUAUUUUAUGGCUUAUAAUUAUAAUAACCAAUUGCCACAAA